UGGACUGGUAACGAUUCCUCAUCAAGAUGACCCAGGCCGAAAUCAAACUCUCUUCCCUCCUGCUGUGUGAGCAUUUUGGUGAGAUUGUGGAAAAGAUUGGGACGCACCUCAUCCGCACGGGAAGCCAGCCGUUACGGAUGAUCUCUCAUGACACUGGGAUGUCACUCGACCAGGUUCGGAAGGCGCUCUGCGUGCUUAUCCAGCACAACCUGAUGACGUACCAGCUGCAGAAGCGAGGUUUGGUAGAGUACGAAGCCCAGUGCGGCCGAGUCCUGCGGAUCCUCCGCUAUCCCCGGUACAUCUACACCGCCAAGACCCUCUACAGCGACACGGGUGAGCUGAUUGUGGAAGAGCUGCUGCUGAACGGCAAGAUGACCAUGAGUGCCGUGGUGAAGAAGGUGGCCGACCGGCUGACGGAAACAAUGGAAGAUGGAAAAACAAUGGACUACAGCGAAGUCUCCAACACCUUUGUGCGCCUGGCAGACACUCACUUCGUUCAGAGAUGUCCAUCAGCCCCUGAGAGCCCGGAGCCUUCAGAGACCCCUCUUCCUCCUGCGCCCACACUGGUGUUCAACGAGAAGGAGAUGUACACAGUCCCACGACUAAAUCUCAUAGGGAAGGGGAAGAGAAGGCACUCUGACGACGACGACGACUGUGAACACAAGGCAAAGCGGCAGAAACCAAACACAGAAAGCAAAGAGCCCCUGCCUGAUGAUGGAAUCUACUGGCAGGUCAACAUCGACCGUUUCCACCAGCAUUUCCGGGAUCAAGUGAUCGUUAGCGCUGUGGCCAACAGGAUGGACCAGACCAGCAGUGAGAUUGUGCGCACGAUGCUGCGAAUGAGUGAAGUGACCACCUCGUCCAAUGCACCGUACACCCAGCCGCUGUCUUCCAAUGAGAUAUUCCGGUCACUUCCAGCUGGUUACAACAUCUCCAAGCAAAUUCUCGACCAGUAUCUCACCCUGUUAGCAGAUGACCCACUGGAGUUUGUUGGGAAAUCUGGCGAGAGUGGUGGUGGCAUGUACGUGAUCAACCUACACAAGGCCUUGGCAUCUCUGGCCACUGCAACACUGGAAUCGAUCGUCCAAGAAAGGUUUGGAUCCCGCUGUGCCCGAAUCUUCCGUCUCCUCCUGAAGAAGAAGCAUUUGGAACAGAAGCAAAUAGAAGACUUUGCCAUGAUUCCUGCCAAAGAAGCAAAGGAAAUGAUGUAUAAGAUGCUGUCGUCUAGUGUUGUCACCCUGCAGGAAAUCCCCAAAACGCCCGACCAUGCUCCUUCCCGGACUUUCUACCUAUAUUCAGUCAACAUGCUCUCAUCUGCUCGGCUGCUGCUCCACCGCUGUUACAAGAGCGUAGCCAAUCUGAUUGAAAGACGACUGCACGAAACCAAAGAGAACAGGCGUCUGCUGGAGAAAUCCCAGCGGGUGGAGGCCAUCCUCGCCUCAAUGCAGGCCACGGGCACAGAGGAGGCGCAACUGCAAGAGAUCGAGGAGAUGAUCACAGCCCCGGAGCGGCAGCAGCUGGAGAGCCUCAAGCACAAUGUGAACAAGAUCGAUGCCAGUGAAAACCAAGUGGACGAGACCAUUUUCCUCCUGGAGUUGUACAUCAACAGCACUGUGAAGCACUGAGCAGAUUCCUACCUGCUGGGAAGAGAGACGGCAGGCAACUGAG